GCUCUUGACUCAUUCCACUGAUUGAUGAGAUUUAGUAGUCCCAAGCUAGCCUUCGCAAGUUCGUUCUGGGUCAACCGUGGCACCGCACUAACCUAGAUCCCGCCAUUCUAGAGGUGGAUGAACCGUAGCAUCUGCCACCACCUCCUAGCCCACUGCUGCAAAUCGAUAAGGGAGCUCGAGCAGAUCCACGCUGGGGCCCUCGUCCAUGGCCUCCACCCUGGCAACCAGUCCGUCUCCUGUAAGAUGUUCCGGUCCUACGCCGACCUCGGCCGCGCCGCCGACGCGCGCAGGCUCUUCGGCGAGAUCCCGGAACCCGACCUCGUCUCCCUCACUAGCCUCAUGUCGCUCCACCUCCAGUUGAACCAGCAUCGCGAGGCCAUGUGGCUGUUCUCGCGUGUCGUGGCCUCCGGAGUCCACCGGCCGGACGGGUUCGCUGUUGUCGGCGCGCUUUCGGCCUCCGGCGGGGUCGGGGAUCUGCGGGCUGGUGAGGCGCUGCACGGCAUGAUUUUCCGGUGCGGGUUGGGGUCGGAGCCGGUCGUUGGCAAUGCCUUGGUUGAUAUGUAUAGUCGGUGCGGGAGGUUUGAGGGUGCGGUGGCGGUGUUUGAGGAAAUGGCUGUGAAGGAUCAUGUUACCUGGGGUAGCAUGCUGCAUGGGUAUAUUAAGUGUGUCGGUGUGGAUUCAGCAUUGUCCUUCUUUGAUCAAAUGCCUAUGAAGAGUGUGGUUUCGUGGACAGCGUUGAUCACCGGCCAUGUCCAGGCCAAGAACCCUAUACGAGCUCUAGAGCUCUUUGGUAGGAUGGUGCUUGAGGGCCACCGUCCUACUCAUUUUACGAUCGUAGGCGUGCUAUCAGCUUGUGCUGACAUUGGCGCUCUAGAUCUAGGACGUGUAAUUCAUGGAUAUGGUAGCAAAUUUAAUGUCAGCACAAAUAUAAUUGUUAGCAAUGCCCUGAUGGACAUGUACGCAAAGAGUGGAAGCAUAGAGAUGGCAUUUGCUGUGUUUGAAGAAGUACCCUUGAAGGAUGCAUUCACGUGGACAACGAUGAUCUCGAGUUUCACUGUCCAGGGUGAUGGCAGCAAAGCUCUGGAGCUCUUUGGUGACAUGCUAAGGUCUGGGAUAGUCCCAAAUAGCGUGACCUUUGUCUCAGUUUUAUCAGCGUGCAGCCAUGCUGGAUUGAUACAACAGGGCAAGGAGUUAUUUGAUAAAAUGCGUGGUACCUACAAUAUCAAUCCCCAGCUUGAGCACUAUGGAUGCAUGGUUGAUUUGUUAGGACGGGGUGGACUACUAGAGGAAGCAGAAGCCCUGAUAUAUGAUAUGGAUGUGGAACCUGAUGUUGUUAUAUGGAGGUCACUUCUUAGUGCAUGCCUUGUCCAUGGCAAUGAUAGAUUAGCUGAGAUUGCUGGGAAGGAAAUUAUAAAGAGAGAACCAGGGGACGAUGGGGUUUAUGUUCUUCUCUGGAACAUAUAUGCCUCAUCUGAUAAACGGAAAGAAGCUCUGGAUAUGAGGAAUCAAAUGUUGAUGAGGAAAGUAUUUAAAAAGCCAGGGUGCAGUUGGAUUGAAGUUGAUGGGGGUGUACAUGAAUUCUUGGUAGAAGACAAAACACAUGCUGCUAGAAGGGAAAUCUAUGAAACCUUGAAUGAAAUCAAUAGGCACUUAAAGAUGGAUCUUAGAGUCUUUGCUGAUGGGGAACUCUUAUUCUAA